UACUGUGCUGGGGAUGUGGAUGGUGGCGAGAAUAGAGCUGUCCAGUGACCCGGGCUGGAAACUAGGGGACUGCCCACGUGCGAGUUCUCUAGUCACCUCUAAAAUGAGGGGCGCAAGCGAUCGGUUCCCUCUUUCCCCUUUUUACAAAUGAGUAAACUGAUGCGCCCCUUCCCCGCACCCCAUCCCUCACAGGAGAGGGCCUGAGAGAAGGGACCCAGGACUUAUGCUUCGAGUCCAAGGUUUUUUCCCCUGCACAUUUCAUAAGUUUCUAAAUUUACAAAUGCAGGGUACCUGUGCAUGUGUGCGGGGGCCUCAGGGGGUGGCAAUUUGGGGCCUCACUAGGGAGGGUUACGGACGCCACUCUUAAGUUAUCUGAACGUUAUCCAGGUGGAUGAUUAUCACUCAGCAGGACAGGUCCUGACUUCACCAAGAGGCUGGAGAAACUGCUCACAAUCACCGGGGCUGGAGGCCUUGAGGACUCAUUUAAGAAACGUAUCGAGCACCUACUGUUUACUGGGGAGACGCUGGAGAACACAGGCAGCACCCUGUGACCGGGCAAUGGUGACUUAGUGUGAGUGGGUUGUAAUGAGGGCACCGGGCAAUGAAGGAGCUCAGAGGAGGCACCUGACCCAGCCUGGGGGCAAGCAGGAAGGCUUCCUGGAGGAGGGGAUGUUGCAGCAAAGAUCUGAACAAGCCCCUUGGCCAACAGACAGCCCUGCUGCCAGCCUGUCUCCUCCCUCUGCUCAUCCCCGGCCCCCUGGGGCAGCUGCCCGCUCAGAGCUGAUCAGGUGUCAGAGCUGCGAGCUGGGAGCUGCUGGUGCGAGCUGGUGGCCCAGCUGGGAGCAGGUAACCAGAGCUGGCAGUGGACACAGUGGCCUGGUGCUGGAGUCACUGGAGCUGCAGGAGGUGGCCUGGGGAGAGGAGAAACACCUGACACUGGCCAUGAAGACCCUGCGGGCACGAUUUAAGAAGACAGAGCAGAUUCUCCAUUUACCUGCCCCCACCUCUCCCUCCAUCUGCCUAAAGGUGUCUAAGAAUAAUCACGGACAACAGCAGUGAUCCUGCCUCCGGGUACACUGGGUGAUACCUGGGACAUUUACGGUUUUCACAUGGUGUGUGUGUGGGGGGUGUUUCUGGACCAGGGGUGCCGCUCAACACCCCACAGAGUCCAGGAUGGCCCCACCCCAGGGAAUGACCAGGCCCCAAGUGUCAGCAGUGCCUCUGGGUGGAGGAACCCGGCUCUAUAGUGUUCCUUCCAUUAUCUAUCCCCUUGUUAAAGAAUUGAGGCCCAGAGAGGGAGAAUGGCUGGCCCCGGGUCACACAGCAACUAUACAAUGGCCAAGCUGGGUUCAAAGCCCCAGUGCCUGUCAGCAGUCACUGCUCUUAAAUUUGGGUUCCUGAAGGCCUGUCUCCUCACUCAUCCCUUCUCUCCCCUGUAAUCCCAAUCUUCUCCCUUCUCCUGGUCCCUUCUUGAAUUUGCAUCCACAACACAGUGGACUAUCCUGACUUUUGGAACCAUUUGUGGCUCUCCUGACACCCCACACUCCUGGUUUCCCCCGCCUUCCCAGGACCCCCUCCUCCAGCUCCUAUGCUAGCACCUCUCCUCCUCUGCCCCCACCCUUAAGUAUGCACACCCCUGCCCCACCCCACGCCCCAGGUCCUGGACCAGGGCAGAGGCUACCGCACUGGUCCAGGAGAGCAAUUUAUUUCAUGAUUUCUCCCAAACAUGAUCUUGUUCCUGCCACUCCCCAACUCCUGCCCAUUCUUCAAGUUUCAGCUCAGAUGUCCUUUCUUCCAGGAAGCCCUCCCUGACUCCCCAGAUGAUAUCAAGAGUCCUCUCUGAGCUCCCAGCUCACCUGGGCUUCCCUCAUAAUAGCCCUGAUCACCUUGGUUCAUAAACCCAUGGAUGUGUCUGUCUCCCCAGGGACCUCAGUGAUAGCAGGGACAUCUGUCUUCGUCACCACUGAGUCCCAAUGCCCAGUGCAGUGCCAGGCACCCUGUAGCACAAGCGGACUGAAUGAAUGAAAUACACAUGGUUCAGAGGGCUUGGCUUUGUGAGUCACACAUUAACAGAGCAAACAUUCACCAACUGCCCACUCCACCCUGGGGUGCCCAUCCCACCCUGGCCUCUGCCAGGGAGGCCUCAGUGGGACCCUGCUCUCAAGGGGCUUCCAGUCUGAGAAAAGCAGCAGAACACAGACCCUCCCAGCCCCUUGGAGUUAGAGCCAAAGGCUGUGUCCAUUCUGUCUUUCAGUGGUUUAACUGAGCACCUACUAUGUCCUGCGUCCCUAGGAUUCAGUAUUAGAUAUGCACACAGCCCAACCACAUCUUUCUUUGAAUCCGUGUUUAUGGCGCACUAUGUUCCAGGCCCCAUAUCUAGCAUCUCAUUUAGUCUUCCCAGUAACCCUCUGCAGUAGGUACUGUUUAAUAUGAAACCCAUUUCCCGGAUGAGGAAAGUGAAGUCCAAAGCAGGUAAGUAUCUGGGCCGAUCUUAUAGAUGGUAAAUGCGGGUGUGUGGAGGGCAGGGGGCGUGGUGGGGGGUGCCCUGGAUUCAAAUUCAGGUUUGUCAGACGGCAGAGCCCCGCUGGUGGAUGAUGAAUGAAUGAAUGAGUGAAUGAAUGAGUGAGGGAGAGCCCGGAUAGCCCAGCGGCAGUGGAACCAGACCGGGAGUCACCUGAGACCACCCCCCCGUAUCCCACACUCCCCCCCUUCCCCCCCCCCCCCCCCCCCCCCCCCCAGAGAGGCGGAGACGAACGCAGGCGGGUCCGUGGAGAUCCUGGGAGCCUGGCCCUCUUUGCCUCAGCCUCCCGGUGGCAAGAAGGUCAGGUCGGGCCACCGCGGUGCCCCUCCCCCAGAGCCCAGCCCCCUUCCCUGGCACUCCCCCCGACCCGUAGGGGAGAGGCCGGGAGGGGGGCAGCAGGCGGGGCACGCGGGGGAGGUUUGGCGCGGGGCUUGGAGGGACCGCGCGGGCCGGGCGGCCGAGCCCCGGCAUCGCGGGCCCUUCCCUCUGGUCACCUCCCGGAGCCCGGCCGCCCGGCCGCCCGGCCGCCCGGCGCCCUGGACACCAUGAAGCAGCUGUGCCUUUGCGCCGCCGCCUCCUUCGCGGUAGGGCCGGGGGAAGGGGCGCGGGAGCGGGGCGGGCGCGGGCCCUUCCUCCCCUCCCCGUCCCGCCCCUCCCCGCCCCCUGACCUCGCAGAGCCUAGACCCUCCACCCUCAGACCCGCGAAGGAUGAUCAGGGAGGAGGGAGGGGGCGGGGCAGAGACUGGGGGGGGAUGGAUGGGACAUUUGGGGGGACGGUUUUGAGGACAGAUGGGGACACAGGAGAAUUUGGAGGGCAUUUAGAGAGACAGUUUUGGGGAACAGUUUUGGGGGAUCAUUUGUGGGGACAGUUUGGAUGCUGUUUUGGGUGAUCUUUUCUGGGAAAAGAUAUUGACAUUUGGAGAACAAUUUUGGAGGACAUCUGAAAGAUUUUAGGGGAGGACAUUUUGGGGACAGAUGAUGGGAUCAUUGGGGGGAUGAUUUUGGAGAACAUGUCAGGAAUUUGGGGAAGACAUUUUGGAAUACAUUUCAGAUAUUGGGACAUUUGGGAGACAAUUGUGACAUCUCAGAGGCAGUCAAAGGAUAGAUGGCAGAGGGUGGUGCUGAGGGACAUUGAAGCAACCUUUUUAGGGGUUCCUAUGGGAAGAUUUCGGAGGGUAGUUCAGAAAGGGAUAUGGUGAGGUGAUAUUGGAAAGGUGGCUUUCACUAAGGGAUGGGCUGGGAGCCUAGGUUUGGGGGACAACUUUUUGGAAAGAUGCUGGGGGCUGAUCUGGGGAUGGUUUAAUGGUACGAUGGUGGAAGUGGUGUAUGACAGCUGGGGCGAUGGACCUGGGGGCAGAUGCUGGGGACCCAGGCUUGAGGGUUGCUGUCUCAGGCCCCCACCCAGGACCACUCCCCCCGGCAGCUGCGGCUCAGCCCCACUGACCUUGGCUCCUGCCCACCCUGCGGCCCCUGCCCCAUCCCGAAGCCGGCAGCCAGAGGCAGGCGCCAGAGCCAGGACUGGGGCAAAAGUGACGAGCGGCUGCUGCAGGCCGUGGAGAACAAUGAUGCCGCACGGGUGGCCUCCCUCAUUGUCCGCAAGGGGCUGGUGCCCACGAAGCUGGACCCCGAGGAUUCCACCUGGCGGCCAUGAGGGGUGCAGCCAGCUGUCUAGAGGUGAUGCUGACACACGGCGCCAACGUUAUGAGCACGGAUGGGGCAGGUUACAGUGCCCUCCACCUGGCCGCCAAGUAUGGGCACCCUCAGUGCUUGAAGCAACUACUGCAGCGGCUGGCGGCUGCGUCUCAUGCUCAGAAAUGCUCUGCUCCUUCAAGGCACAUCUGAAUCCCCGAGAUCGGCUGGGUACAACACCCCUCAUCAUAGCAGCUCAGAUGUGUCACACAGAUCUGUGCCGCCUCCUCCUGCAGCAAGGGGCUGCUGCAAAUGACCAGGACCUUCAGGGCAGGACGGCCCUGAUGCUGGCCUGUGAGGGAGCCAGCCCCGAAACAGUGGAGGUGCUGCUGCAGGGUGGGGCCCAGCCGGGCAUCACUGAUGCGCUGGGCCAGGACGCUGCUCACUACGGCGCCCUGGCAGGGGACAAACUCAUCCUACACCUCCUGCAGGAGGCCGCCCAGCGCCCCUCAGCACCCAGCGAGGAUGACUCAGGCGAGGCAUCAUCUCAGAACUCUGUGUCCAGCCAUGAAAAGCAAGGGGCCCCCAAGAAGCGAAAGGCACCUCAGCCCCCUGCCAAUAUCCCGAUGCCGGAUGAUCAAGAUGCCUAUGAGGAGAUCGUGCGGCUGCGACAGGAGAGGGGCCGCCUGCUGCAGAAGAUCCGGGGCCUGGAGCAGAACCAGGAACGGAAGAAGCAGGAGCUGCCAGAGGCGGAGGCCAGCUCCCUCCACAGCCUGGAGAGACAGGUGCAAGAGCUACAGCAGCUGCUGGCAGAGAGGCAGGAGGAGAAGGAGAGUCUAGGACGGGAGGUGGAAAGUUUGCAGAGCAGGCUGUCCCUGCUGGAGAAUGAGAGGGAGAACACCAGCUAUGAUGUGGCCACCCUGCAGGACGAGGAGGGUGAGCUGCCCGACUUCCCAGGGGCUGAGGCGCUGCUCUCCAAGCACCUAAGCCCAUCGGCCCAGGAUCUCUUGGCCUCGCUGCAGGAGCAGGUGGCCACGCUCACCAGACAGAACCAGGAACUGAUGGAGAAGGUCCAGAUCCUGGAGCACUUCGAGAAGGACGAGAUGGAGGCUGACAGUCUGGCCGAGGUCAUCCCUCUGGCGCUGUACAACUCUCUCCGGGCUGAGUUUGACCAGCUCCGCAGGCAGCAUGCCAAGGCCCUGCAGGUGCUGGGGCAGCAGGAAGCACAGGAGGGCCCUGGAGAAGAGGAGGCAGCCCCUAGGGAGGGCAACGGCCCGGGAGCCAAGGCCGCCAGAAACGGACCAGUGGAAGCAGAGCUUAACGGCACUGCAGCUCCGGAAACCAGAGUUAAUGGAGCCGAGAGCACAGAUGAGGAGGCUGCGGGAGUAGAAACCACGGAAGCCAGAGCUUUGGAAGCAGCAUCCAUGGUGGCAGAGGCCACGGAAACAAGACCCACGGACGCUGAGGCCACGGAAACAGAGGGUGUGGGCGCCGAGCGCUUGGAAACAAAGGCCGCGGGGGCUGAGGUCACAGAAACGAAAACUCUAGAAGAAGGAGGAAACUCAGAAACAGAGGCCAUGGGAGCAGAGUCCACAAAUACGGAAACAGAGGAACCAGAAUGGAAGGCCAGUGGAACAGGUGCUGUGCAGGAAGAGCUCACAGGCACAGGGACCAUGAAAACGGAGGCCAUGGGAGUGGAGGCCACGACCCCGAGGGUCACCACAGGCCCCGCCUUGCACCCCAGUGCUGCCGAGCUGGAGGCGGCCCACGGCAAGUGUGAGCCCGCGGAGGCCGAGGGUGGUGGAGCUGGCGGGGUCAGCAGCGGUGACACAGGCCAGCUGCGGGCCGCCCUGGAGCAGGCCCGGGAGGACCUCCGAGACCGGGACUGCCGCCUCCGGGAGAUGGAAGCGGCCUCAGCCCAGCUAGACGAGGCCCAGGCCGGCCGGCUGUUGGCCGAGGAGGAGGCUCGAGGCCUGCGGGCAGAGCUGGCCCAGCGGGAGGAGUUGAGGCUGGAGCUGAGCCGGGAGGUGCAGGCCCUACGGGAGCAGCUGGCUACGGCCGCAGCCGCCGGGGAGCAGCAGCGGGCUGCGGCCGUCAAGCUGGGCCAGGCGCGGGACGUGGCUGAGGCCCGGGCUUCUGAGCUGGCCGCGGCCUGCGAGGAGGCUCGGCGGGGCCUGGCGGAAUUGCGUGAGGCCUCCGAGGUGCUCCACCAGUCAGUGGUGCCAGCCUCGGAGCAUCACCGGCUGCAGGAGGAGGCCCUGGAGUUGCGGGGACGGGCGGCCAGCCUGGAGCAGGAGGUGGUGGCCACGGGCAAGGAGGCCGCCCGUCUGAGGGCAGAGCUGGAGCGCGAGCGUGUGGGCAGCGUGGCCCGCCUGGAGCACGAGCGCAUCGUGGAUGCCCUGCAGGCCGACGUGGCCCGGCUGCAGGGGCAGCUGGAGGAGCUGGGGCGACGCCACGAGAAGACCAGCGCCGAGGUCUUCCAGGUGCAGCGGGAGGCGCUAUUCAUGAAGAGUGAACGGCACGCGGCCGAGGCCCAGCUGGCCACCGCAGAGCAGCAGCUGCGGGGGCUACGUACUGAGGCCGAGCGGGCACGCCAGGCCCAGAGCCGUGCCCAGGAGGCCCUGGAGAGCGCCAAGGAGAAGGACAAGAAGAUCACAGAGCUCUCCAAGGAAGUCUUCAGUCUUAAGGAGGCACUGAAGGACCAGCGGGGAGCCCCAGGCUCCUCGGACGUGGAGGCCCUUCGUGGCCAGGUGAAGGCUCUACGGGAGCAGCUGGAGGAAGCUGCCAGGGACCACAGUGCAGUGGUGGCCUUGUAUAGGAGCCACCUCCUCUACGCCAUUCAGGGUCAGAUGGAUGAAGACGUACAGCGGAUUCUGAGUCAGAUCCUGCAGAUGCAAAGACUCCAGGCCCAGGGCCGCUGAGGUCAGAGCACUGCCCUCCGCCUUCCAGGCCCCGAGUCGGGGCUCCCAGACUCACGCGCUGACCAUCUGCACUUGGAGACCAGCCUGGGCUCCUUCCCAACGAUCCCUCACUGCCUCCACGGCCCCACUGGUCCCUGCAUGCGCUGGUCAGUCUAGACCCGGGCCCUGACCGUGUACCCUUCCCUGCGCCGGAGAAUUUGUGAGUCCCUUCCCUCACGUCUGGUCUUAUCAUCAGACGCCACCCCAGGAAUAAAAGCUCACGGAGCAGAGGAUGAAAGCAUCGUGUGGCCUGAUUGCUGGGCUCCCACUGCAAAGCGGGGAAGGGGCGGCCCAGAGCAGGGACUGGGGAUUAGGGUGAGGAGAGCAAGGCAGGACUCAGUCCCCGGGAGGAACACUGUUACUAUGUCACUGCAGUAUCUUUUUUCUUUCUUUUUUUGGCCACGUCAUGCAGCCUCUUAGUUCCCAGACCAGGGGUUGAACCGUGCCUCCUGCCUUGGAUGUGCAAAGUCGUAACCACUGGACUGCCAGGGAAUUCCCCAGUUACUGCACUAUUUUUAAAAGUCAGAAGGGGUUCCCAAAAGUUCAUAAUGAAGAAAAUAUGCGAAUGUCAAAUGAAGACAGAAUCUGAGGCUGCACGACUUACCUCACUGUCCUCACCCUAAACCCGGCCCUGGUGGGAGUGUCCCACAGCCUCUUUGCCUCUGGGCCAACCCCCUGAAAUCCCCUGGGGGUUCCUGGCUCUUUCCAGCUCCGUGUCCAGCCUGUUCCCCAGGUUUCCUCAGCGUCCAGCAGUGGCUCUGCCUGUCCCCGGGCGUCCCAGGCCCUUGGAGAAUGUCCACGGUUCGGGGCUACCUUCCUGGGU